AUGAGAUACCACCAAAUCGAGCCUUUCACUAGCAUCUUGUCUGGAGUACGCAUGAUGCAGGCAGACCCCGCCCUAGCUGUAAAAUUGAAGUGCUCGUAUCUUCGACGGGAUGAUGAGAAUGGGUUCAAGAAGAGAGACAGCGACUUGACUGAUGCACUUUUCUGGGCAGAGAAGUUGAAGACAGCGGGACAGAACAUAUCCGAAAGCUGCGCCAAGACGUUCCGUCUCGGCUUCUACAACAUCCUUUUGCUUCGCAAGCAUCUGUCCACCUCUGACUUUGAGGAGUUGGUUGACGUGGGGCUUCGCAAACUCCUACUCCCCUGGGAGGAGAACUCCCAAGACCAAAAGGAGUACUACUUGUGCUUCGCAGAUGAGGGAACUGACCCCUUUACUGUAAGUCUCGUCGAAGCUGAUGAGUGA